AUGGUGAGAGAGCCGCUACUAAAGACGAUAAAGGACUUGUGGACAUUCAACAUAGAGAUCCGCACUAGUCAACCCGUGGUCAGAUUACUUGGAGGUUCAGAUGCUCUGCCUAUAUCUCCUUCACAGAUCUACUAUGAUGGCUAUAAUAAUUUGUCUGAUUUGUUAGUGCAUGAUAAUUGGGCGACACUGCAACGCAGAGCUGACGUCAUACUGGAGACCCAGCUGAAAAAUUACAUCGACAAAGAUGGCACCCCGCUUCUUUACCUUAUCGACCAGUGCUUCAGUGAUUACUACUUAAGCUAUAUUACUAGGAAAGAUUUUCCCUUUUCAAAUGAUCUCACAGUCAUUCUCAUGCGUAUGGUAGAAGCUGGUCUACCAAGAAUAUACUACCGCUGGACGAUGGCGUCCCUGAAGUUGCAGGGGAAACUAAUAUACACGUCUCAACAACCACGACCAUUCACACCCUCCACCAUGGAAGAAGAAAGAAUAGCGUUCAGUUUUCUGCUAAUAGGAUAUUUCAUGUCAAGUAUGAUAUUUGUUAUGGAAAGAUGGUGGGCGAAAAGAAAUUAA